AUGGGGGUAUUGGGAAAGGAGCUGGAGCUCGCUGAUGAGUUCGAGGGUGAGAUUAAUCUCCCACACUCACCGCGGGCUGACGAGGCCAAACUGGGGGAGGAAUAUGUGCUGUCUCUCAAAUCUUCUUAUCCAGCAGGAAGUGCUCUGCUGGCUUCUAGCCAUCAUGAGCAGGAUUUGGCUGAAAAGGUGUUUGGCUUUGAUGCUGAAAAUAAACUGGAGAGUUUCCUGCCUCCUAAGUCAGGCUGGUUGGAGGUUCUCGCUGCUCUGGGAGACAAUAUGAGAGUGAGGUUGGUUGGUGGUCACAGUCGCUGUGCUGGUAGAGUGGAGGUUCUUCACAGAGGUCAGUGGGGAACAGUGUGUGGUGUUGACUUUGAUAUGGCUGAUGCUGCAGUGGUGUGUAGAGAGCUGGACUGUGGAGAACCUGUAGAUGUUGUGGUAGAUGCUCAUUUUGGAUCAGGAUCAGGAGCAAUCUGGCCAAAUCGCAAGUUAUGUACUGGAUCAGAGUCUACACUAAAGAACUGUGGAUCAGUACAAUGGGGUACAUAUAUCUGUGAUCAUACUAAAGAUGCAGGAGUCAUCUGUUCGGGUAAGCUGCUUCAAAGCCUACUCUGUUUUAUAUUACACAUGAUCCAUCUGUCUGAAAGGGAUGAUAACUUCCAGGAGCUGUUCUGUGCUGAGAGAAUGAAUGUGAGGUUGGUUGGUGGUAACAGUCGCUGUGCUGGUAGAGUGGAGGUUCUUCACAGAGGUCAGUGGGGAACAGUGUGUGGUGAAUUCUGGGAUAUGACUGAUGCUGCAGUGGUGUGUAGAGAGCUGGACUGUGGAGAACCUGUAGAAGCUUUGACUGAUAAUCACUUUGGACAAGGAUCAGGACCAGUCUGGAUUAGUGCAUUAUGUAUUGGAUCAGAGUACACGCUGAAGAACUGUGGGUCAUCAGGAUGGAGCAUAAAUGUCUGUACUCAAAAUUCAAAUGCAGGGGUCAUCUGUUCAGGAUACAUUGAUCUCAGGCUGGUAAAUGGCUCAGACUCUUGUUCUGGAAGAGUGGAGCUUCAGUUCAUCAAAGAAUGGGGCACAGUGUGUGAUGCAUGCUGGGAUAUGAGAGCUGCCAAUGUCCUCUGUAGACAGCUGAAUGGGAGGCUGGAGGUUUUUCACAGCGGCUCAUGGGGGACAGUGUGUGAUGACUCCUGGGAUAUUAAAGAUGCCCAUGUGGUGUGCAGACAGCUGCAGUGUGGAGUGGCCCUCAGUAACCAGCAGGUACCAGCCUGGUUUGGUCCUGGUUCUGGACACAUAUGGCUGGAUGAGGUGGAGUGUGAGGGGAAUGAGACGUCCCUGUGGAGCUGCUCUUCUUCAGGCUGGGGAAAACAUGACUGUAAUCACAAGGAGGAUGUAGGAGUCGUGUGCUCAGAUUUUAAAGAGAUCAGGUUAACUGAUGGCUGUGAAGGGAAUGUGGAGGUUUUCUACAAUGGAUCCUGGGGUAAUGUGUGCUGGAACCAGAUGGACAGAGACACAGCGAGUCUGAUCUGUCAAGAGCUGAACUGUGGAAGAUCUGGUGAUUUUUCUGAUUCAGUAUCAAGAGUGAAAUCAGCUAUUAACUGGUUGGAUGAAGUGAAAUGUCGACCACAUGACUCAAACCUGUGGCAAUGUCCAUCUUUACCAUGGGGACAAAAUGACUGUGAUGGAGAUGAAGUGGCCAAAAUCACCUGCUCAGACAGUGUUCAGUCAGUCUGUGAUGAUCAGUGGGACAUCAGCGAUGCUCAGGUGGUCUGCAGGCAGCUGGGUUGUGGAGCAGCACUGAGGGCUGAUGGGAAUUCAGUCUUUGGUGCUGGUGAAGGUGUUGUGUGGAUGAACAGAGUCGAGUGCAGAGGGAAUGAGAUUCACCUGUGGGACUGUCCUCUCUCCCUGAAAAACCACACUGACUGCUCCAAGAAAGAGCACGCUGGAAUCACCUGUGAAGAUUUUACAGAUUUGUCAGUGUCCUCUGCCACAACAACAUCAGUCUCUCCUCCAGCUUCUCCUCCAGUUUCUCCUCCAGUGCGCUCAACAUCAGUCUCUCCUCCACAAACUCUCUCCGUCCCCCCAGUGCUUGUGAUUGUUCUGGGAGUUGUGCUCUUACUGCUCUUAGUGCCACUGCUUAUACUGAUUCAGCAGAACAGAGUGAUGAGGAGAGCUCUCUCUAAGAGGAGACACAGGACGAUGACUGAAGCCGUUUAUGAGGAGAUUCAGCGGAGACCCAUUAAUAGUCAUGGUCUUUUCACUCAGAGGGGAAGUGUGAUUUCUGAAGAACAGUACUCUGGGUAUGAAGAUGCGGAUGAUGAGUUUCUUUCAGACUCUGUGCAUGUGAGGUUGGUUGGUGGUCACAGUCGCUGUGCUGGUAGAGUGGAGGUUCUUCACAGAGGUCAGUGGGGAACAGUGUGUGAUGAUGAAUGGGAUUUGGUUGAUGCUGCAGUGGUGUGUAGAGAGCUGGACUGUGGAGAACCUGUAGAUGCUCUGUAUAAUGCUCAUUUUGGACCGGGAUCAGGAAUAAUCUGGAUGAGUUUUGUCUUAUGUACUGGAUCAGAGUCCACACUAAAGAACUGUGGGUCAACUGGAUGGGGUAAAAGCAACUGUGAUCAUAGUAAAGAUGCUGGAGUCAUCUGCUCAGGCAAUGCGAGAGUGAGGUUGGUUGGUGGAAAUAAUUCCUGUGCUGGUAGAGUGGAGAUUCUUCAUAAAGGCCAGUGGGGGACAGUGUGUGAUAAUGACUGGGAUAUGCCUGAUGCUGCAGUGGUGUGCAAAGAGCUGAAUUGUGGAGAACCUAUAGAUGCUAUGGGUGGUGCUCACUUUGGACCAGGAUUAGGACCGGUCUGGACACAUCGUAUGUUAUGUACUGGAUCAGAAUCUACACUGAAGAACUGUGGAGCAGUAGAAUGGGGUAUUUAUGACUGUAAUCAUAAUAAAGAUGCAGGAGUCAUCUGUUCAGAUAAAAAGAAUGUGAGGUUGGUUGAUGGCAACAGUCGCUGUGCUGGUAGAGUGGAGGUUCUUCACAGAGGUCAGUGGGGAACAGUGUGUGAUAAUGGCUGGGAUAUGUCUGAAGCUGCAAUGGUUUGUAGAGAGCUGGACUGUGGAGAACCUGUAGAUGCUCUCAGUGGUGCCCAUUUUGGACCAGGAUCAGGACCCAUCUGGAUACUCAUUAAUGGAUCUCACCUGUGCUCUGGGAGGAUAGAAAUCUUUCAUAAUCACAUGUGGGUUUCAGUGUGUGACGCUGCUUUUGACCAGCAGGAUGCAGAGGUUGUGUGUAGAGAGCUAGACUGUGGGGCUCCUGUACAGGUGCUGGGAGCAGCUGCUUUUGGCAAAGGAGACGCUCAGAUGUGGACACAAGAGUUUCAGUGCAGUGGAAAUGAAUCCCAGAUUUCAUUCUGUUCAAUAUCCUCAUCAAACAAACACAACUGCAUCAGCGACAACAUUGUUGGACUGAUCUGUUCUGGUUACACAGAGGCCAAACUACUGAAUGGUUCAGACUCUUGUUCUGGAAGAGUAGAGCUUCGGUUCCUCAAAAAGUGGGGCACAGUGUGUGAUGCAUGCUGGGAUAUGAGAGUGGCCAGUGUCCUCUGUAAACAGCUGAAUUGUGGGAUUGCUGUGUCUGUUGUGGGAUCAGACUGGUUUGGAGAGGGAAGUGGUGAAAUCUGGGCUGAUGUGUUUGAUUGUGACGGGAAUGAAACAAAACUCUCAGAAUGUUCCAUCUCUUCAUGGAGUCGAGCUGAAUGUUCUCACUCAUCCAGUCCUGAACACAGUCAUGAGUGUGUGACGGGCUUCCAGUGCUCUGGGAGUGAAGCUCAUCUGGGGAACUGCAGCUCUCCACAAACUCUCAACUGCAGCUCCACACAACAGCUGUACAUCACCUGCCUUGGUCGUGGGUCUAUCAGGCUGGUGGGUUCUGGGGGAGACUGUGCAGGGAGGCUGGAGGUUUUUCACAGCGGCUCAUGGGGGACAGUGUGUGAUGACUCCUGGGAUAUUAAAGAUGCCCAUGUGGUGUGCAGACAGCUGCAGUGUGGAGUGGCCCUCAGUAACCAGCAGGUACCAACCUGGUUUGGUCCUGGUUCUGGACACAUAUGGCUGGAUGAGGUGGAGUGUGAGGGGAAUGAGACUUCCCUGUGGAGCUGCUCUUCUUCAGGCUGGGGAAAACAUGACUGUAAUCAGAAGGAGGAUGUAGGAGUCGUGUGCUCAGAUUUUAAAGAGAUCAGAUUAACUGAGGGCUGUGAAGGGAAUGUGGAGGUUUUCUACAAUGGAUCCUGGGGUAAUGUGUGCUGGAACCAGAUGGACAGAGACACAGCGAGUCUGAUCUGUCAAGAGCUGAACUGUGGAAGAUCUGGUGUUUUGUCUGCUUCUAUACCAAGAGUAGAAUCAGCUCCUAACUGGCUGGAUAAAGUUACAUGUCGACCACAUGACUCAAAUCUAUGGCAGUGUCCAUCUUUAUCUUGGGGACAGAAUGACUGUGGUAAAGAUGAGGUGGUCAAAAUUGUCUGCUUAGGUAAAAUUCCAUCACUUAACAUUACAAGAGUAAUCAUACAAAAAGAGAAGAUGCAUAGAAUAGAAAUAAUAGGGAGGCUGGAGGUGUAUCAUAACGCUGUGUGGGGCUCAGUCUGUGAUGAUCAGUGGGACAUCAGUGAUGCUCAGGUGGUCUGCAGGCAGCUGGGUAGGGUGUUAGGGGUGAAGUAUGAUAAUCAGAAGAAUGUCAGGGAAUAUGUGAGUGACAUGUUUGACCGUGUGAAUGUGAGGUUGGUUGGUGGUCACAGUCGCUGUGCUGGUAGAGUGGAGGUUCUUCACAGAGGUCAGUGGGGAACAGUGUGUGAUGAUGACUGGGAUUUGGCUGAUGCUGCAGUGGUGUGUAGAGAGCUGGACUGUGGAGAACCUGUAGAUGCUCUGGGUGAUGCACACUUUGGUCAAGGAUCAGGAGCAAUCUGGAUGACUCAUGUCAGAUGUGUUGGUUCAGAAUCCACCUUGAAGUACUGUAUAUCAGGGGCAUGGGGUAAAGAUUAUUGCAAUCAUACUAGAGAUGCCGGAGUCAUCUGCUCAGUCUGUGUCUUCUUAGAAGCCAGACUGGUUGGAGGUUCUCGCUGCUCUGGGAGGUUGGAGAUACUUCAUGAUCAGACGUGGAUGUCAGUGUGUGACGCUGUCUUUGACCAGCAGGAUGCAGAGGUUGUGUGUAGAGAGCUGGACUGUGGGGCUCCUGUACAGGUGCUGGGAGCAGCUGCUUUUGACAAAGGAGACGCUCAGAUGUGGACACAAGAGAUUCAGUGCAGAGGAAAUGAGUCUCAUAUUUCAUUCUGUUCAGUGUCAACAUACAAUCACAACUGCACCAGUGACAAUAACGUGGACAUGAUAUGUUCUGGUUAUACAAAAGUCAAACUGAUGAACGGUUCAGACUCUUGUUCUGGAAGAGUGGAGCUUCAGUUCCUCAAUGAGUGGGGCACAGUGUGUGAUGCAUGCUGGGAUAUGAGAGCUGCCAGUGUCCUCUGUAGACAGCUGAAUUGUGGGAUUGCUGUGUCUGUUGUGGGAUCAGACUGGUUUGGAGAGGGAAGUGGUGGGAGGCUGGAGGUUUUUCACAGCGGCUCAUGGGGGACAGUGUGUGAUGACUCCUGGGAUAUUAAAGAUGCCCAUGUGGUGUGCAGACAGCUGCAGUGUGGAGUGGCCCUCAGUAACCAGCAGGUACCAGCCUGGUUUGGUCCUGGUUCUGGACACAUAUGGCUGGAUGAGGUGGAGUGUGAGGGGAAUGAGACGUCCCUGUGGAGCUGCUCUUCUUCAGGCUGGGGAAAACAUGACUGUAAUCGCAAGGAGGAUGUAGGAGUCGUGUGCUCAGAUCAUGUUGCUCUCAGACUGAGUGGAGGUAAGGGCCGGUGCUCUGGGAGGCUGGAGGUGUAUCAUAACGCUGUGUGGGGCUCAGUCUGUGAUGAUCAGUGGGACAUCAGCGAUGCUCAGGUGGUCUGCAGGCAGCUGGGUUGUGGAGCAGCACUGAGGGCUGAUGGGAAUUCAGUCUUUGGUGCUGGUGAAGGUGUUGUGUGGAUGAACAGAGUCGAGUGCAGAGGGAAUGAGAUUCACCUGUGGGACUGUCCUCUCUCCCUGAAAAACCACACUGACUGCUCCCACAAAGAGCACGCUGGACUCACCUGUGCAGAUGUGUCAGUGUCCUCUACUCCAGCCACAACAUCAGCUUCUCCUCCAGUUUCUCCUCCAGUGCGCUCAACAUCAGUCUCUCCUCCACAAACUCUCUCCGUCCCCCCAGUGCUUGUGAUUGUUCUGGGAGUUGUGCUCUUACUGCUCUUAGUGCCACUGCUUAUACUGAUUCAGCAGAACAGAGUGAUGAGGAGAGCUCUCUCUAAGAGGAGACACAGGACGACGACUGAAGCCGUGUAUGAAGAGCUUCAGCGGAGACCCACUAAUAGACAUAGUCUCUUCACUCAGAGGGGAAGUGUCCUUUCUAAAGAACAGCAUUCUGGGUAUGAAGAUGUUGAUAAACUUAUUUCAGCAAACUCUUCAGUAGGAGUCACCCCUGACUACUAUAAUGACAUCACCACCACAAAAGGUCAAUCAGAGCAACAAAUGACACCAGAGGAUUAUGAUGACGCGAUCACUGCUGGUGGGAGACAUCAUGCUACAGAAGAAUUAUCAGAAAACUAUGAUGAUGUCGUCACUGUACAGCAGUUCUUCAAUGUUCAAACAGACUAUGAUGAUGUGGGGGAGGAGCCUGGAAAACAUAGAGGAACUGGGGCUGAGAGGAUGCCUGUACUUCUGUAUCAUCAGAGCGGAGAAGCUUGUACACUGGGUGUUGAGUUAAUCAUGCUGAGGAUGAGGAUGAUGGGGAGAUGCCUGACACUCAUUUUACUGUCUGUAGAUGUAAUACACACUACAGCUGCUUAUGUGAAUGUGAGGUUGGUUGGUGGUCACAGUCACUGUGCUGGUACAGUGGAGGUUCUUCACAGAGGUCAGUGGGGAACAGUGUGUGAUGAUUUCUGGGAUCUUAAAGAUGCUGCAGUGGUGUGUAGAGAGCUGGACUGUGGAGAACCUGUAGAUGCUCUGUAUAAUGCUCAUUUUGGACCAGGAUCAGGACCAGUCUGGAUGAGUUAUGUCAUGUGUACUGGAUCAGAAUCUACACUGAAGAACUGUGGUUCAUUGGGAUGGGAUAAACACAACUGUGAUCAUUCUAAAGUUGCUGGGGUCAUCUGCUCAGAAAAUAUGAAAGUAAGGUUGGUUGGUGGUAACAAUUCAUGUGCUGGUAGAGUAGAAGUUCUUCAUAGAGGUCAGUGGGGAACAGUGUGUCAAGAGGACUGGGAUAUGACCAAAGCUGCAGUGGUGUAUAAAAAAAAUGUGAGAUUGGUUGGAGGUAACAGUCGCUGUGCUGGUAGAGUGGAGGUUCUUCACAGAGGUCAGUGGGGAACAGUGUGUCAUGAUUUCUGGGAUUUGGCUGAUGCUGCAGUGGUGUGUAGAGAGCUGGACUGUGGAGAACCUGUAGAUGCUGUGAGUGAUGCUCAUUUUGGACCGGGAUCAGGACCGAUCUGGGUGAAUACUAUUUUAUGUGCUGGAUCCGAGUCAGCAUUGAAGAACUGUGGGUCAUCAGGAUGGAGCAUACAUGUCUGUACUCACAGUAUGGAUGCUGGGGUUAUUUGUUCAGACAGUCGAGGGUCCAUCAGGCUGGUGGGUUCUGGGGGAGACUGUGCAGGGAGGCUGGAGGUUUUUCACAGCGGCUCAUGGGGAACAGUGUGUGAUGACUCCUGGGAUAUUAAAGAUGCCCAUGUGGUGUGCAGACAGCUGCAGUGUGGAGUGGCCCUCAGUAACCAGCAGGUACCAGCCUGGUUUGGUCCUGGUUCUGGACACAUAUGGCUGGAUGAGGUGGAGUGUGAGGGGAAUGAGACGUCCCUGUGGAGCUGCUCUUCAUCAGGCUGGGGAAAACAUGACUGUAAUCACAAGGAGGAUGUUGGAGUCGUGUGCUCAGAGUUUAAAGAGGUCAGGUUAUCUGAGGGCUGUGAAGGGAAUGUGGAGGUUUUCUACAAUGGAUCCUGGGGUAAUGUGUGCUGGAACCAGAUGGACAGAGACACAGUGAGUCUGAUCUGUCAAGAGCUGAACUGUGGAAGAUCUGGUCUUUUGUCUGCUUCUACACCAAGACUGAAAUCAGCUCCUAACUGGCUGGAUAAAGUUACAUGUCGACCACAUGAUUCAAGUCUGUGGCACUGUCCAUCUUUAGCCUGGGGACAGAAUGACUGCAAAGGGGAUGAAGUGGCCACAAUCACCUGUUCAGAACAGAAAAGUCAUGUGUCCCCUCAAAGCUAUCUGACUUGGUCCACAUUUCCCCACCAGAGACAGAGUUCAGAACGCCUAGCUGUCAGACUGAGUGGAGGUAAGGGCCGGUGCUCUGGGAGGCUGGAGGUGUAUCAUAACGCUGUGUGGGGCUCAGUCUGUGAUGAUCAGUGGGACAUCAGCGAUGCUCAGGUGGUCUGCAGGCAGCUGGGUUGUGGAGCAGCACUGAGGGCUGAUGGGAAUUCAGUCUUUGGUGCUGGUGAAGGUGUUGUGUGGAUGAACAGAGUCGAGUGCAGAGGGAAUGAGAUUCACCUGUGGGACUGUCCUCUCUCCCUGAAAAACCACACUGACUGCUCCCACAAAGAGCACGCUGGACUCACUUGUGCAGAUUUUACAGAUGAAUCAGUGUCCUCUACUCCUGCCACAACAACAUCAGCUUCUCCUCCAGUUUCUCCUCCAGUGCGCUCAACAUCAGUCUCUCCUCCACAAACUCUCUCCGUCCCCCCAGUGCUUGUGAUUGUUCUGGGAGUUGUGCUCUUACUGCUCUUAGUGCCACUGCUUAUACUGAUUCAGCAGAACAGAGUGAUGAGGAGAGCUCUCUCUAAGAGGAGGCACAAGAUGAAGACUGAGGCAGUUUAUGAGGAGCUUCAGCGGAGACCCAUAAACAGACAUGAUCUUUUCACUCAGAGGGGAAGUGUCCUUUCUACAGAACAGCAUUCUGGGUAUGAAGAUGCUGUUGAGCUUCUUUCAGCUAAUUUAGAAGAGCAACAAGUCACACCUGAAGAUUAUGAUGAUAUAAUUACUGUUGGAUUGAGACAUUAUCAUGAUGAAUUACCAGAAAACUAUGAUGAUGUCUUUAUUGUACCACAGUUUUACAAUGAUAAAGCAGAGGGUGUUAGGGGUGAAGUAUGAUAAUCUGAAG